AUGGGUCUCUUUGGUGGCGACUCGGAUAAGGAUAACAAUAAUAUUCUCAAAGGACUGUUUCAACCUCAACAAGAGCAGCCAGGUCUCAAGACAGUCAUCACCAUUCCCGUGGAGAAGGUCAAGCCACGCCCUCUACGGUUCUUUCUUCAAAUCUACAUUGUGGGUCAACAAAAUCAGAAAGAUUCACAAUCCUGGUUGCCACGAGAAGACGAAGAAGGUGGGCUGCAAAUUUACUACAAGGAUGGAACGGGCAUGUGUCAAAUUGGGUUGCAGCCAAAUGCCAUUCAGAUUCAACGUCACGGAGAACGGCCUUCUCUGGAAUACAUGCUGCAGGAAAGUGUCAUGCUCCAUGGAGUGCUCGAUGAACUAUACAAAAUUGCAUUUGAUGAAGUGGAAGAUGUCGAAGAAAGCCAGAGACUCUUGAAAUUGGACCCAGCAGCCAUUGAAGCAGCGAGAAAGACUUUGCCAGCUCGUCAAGCAUAA